AUGUAUCUUGAAGAUCAGCGAUUCAUCCAUGAGGAUCUCGAGCGGUUAGAGCAAGGAAUUGCUGACCGGGUGAUCGAAGAACCUCGAAAUAUACGUGAAAGACUCGCUCGUGAUCAUCAAGUUGCCGGAUUCCUGGACCGUAUCGAAGAACAGUCGAAAAAAUUGCUCGACAUUUACAAAGAUGCCGAGGGUUUACGAGCCCAAGAAAUUCAAUCCAUCUCCACAGGCGAUGCAUUUGAAGAAUUCUACAAGCGCCUAGAUGAAAUCAAAGACUUCCACAAACGAUACCCAAACGAGCCUGUUGAAAACUUGGAGCGUGCAUAUAAACGAAGGCAUCCUGGGGAGGGCGAAACUUUUGCUCCCGAAAUAGACACUAUGUUCACCGGAGAAGAGGCGUUUGGUCAAUUUUUUGAUUUGACUCAACUCCAUGAACAGUACCUUAAUAUCCCUGGAGUCAAGCGACUUACGUACAUCCAAUACAUCGAUCAGUUUGAUAUCUUCACACCCCCACAACUGCCAAUCAAACGGGUAGCAAAGGUAUCAGAUAAAUACUUCAAGUAUGUGGGCGAUCUGGCAAGCUAUCUUGAGGGGUUCAUCAAGCGAGUGCGACCUUUAGAGAAUCUUGAAAAGUUGUUCGCAUCGUUUGAUGAGGAGUUUAACAAGUUAUGGACCGCACAAGAAGUGCCGGGGUGGGGCAAGGAAGUGGCUGCGAAUGAAUCUGCCGGGCCAAAAACGGAGGGAACGGGAGAAGGUAUUUGGUGUGCAGAUUGCGAAAAGGAGUUCAAGAACGAAAACGUCUACAAAGGCCAUCUCACAGGGAAAAAGCAUAUCAAAGCUGCCGAGGCUAGAAAGGCCAGCGGAGCUUCAGCAGAAACUGCCGCCAGUUCGGCCGCCGCCGUCAAAGAUUCCUCUAUAAAGUCACUCAAGGAACGAGCAGUUGCAGAGCGUGAACAUCGAAUCCGAUCUUUGACGAAAUUCCUUAAAUCCGAACGGGAAGCAACAAGAGUUAAUGUUGAGCGAAAACAAGGUAUGACGGAACGCGAAAGACAGAUGGAAAUCGAGGCUCUUAUGGCGGAUGCUGAGCCGUCAUUUGGUGCCCAUGCCCUAGACGAGGAAUCCGAGGAAGAAGGAGAUGACAAGAUAUACAAUCCGCUCAAGCUGCCGUUGGCUUGGGAUGGCAAACCCAUCCCUUACUGGCUCUACAAAUUACACGGGCUCGGUGUAGAAUAUCCGUGUGAGAUCUGUGGAAACUUCGUCUACAUGGGCCGACGUUCCUUUGAUAAGCAUUUCUCGGAGGCGCGGCACAUUUAUGGACUGAAAUGCCUAGGUAUCACUCAACAAACCAACAUGUUCCGCGAGAUUACCAGAAUUGAGGAUGCGAUGCGACUGUGGGAGAAGAUCGAGCAGGAUAAAAAGAAGGAGAAGGAAAGCCGUGAUAAUGUGGUGCAAAUGGAGGACGCUGAAGGAAACGUCAUGCCUGAAAGAAUUUAUUAUGACCUCCAAAAGCAGGGUAUUCUAUGA